UGGGAGUUGUAGUCCCCGCAGGGCGGGGGCACGAGGCCCAGGCUCCGCUUCCUUCCGGUCGUUACCGCCCACGGGCUCGUGCGGCGCCACCUCCUGGGCUCCGUUGCAGCGGACGCCAGUACCGGGCUCCAGGAGACGCAGGGUGACUCCGGACGCCGGGGCCGCACACUGGGUCAGCGCGGGCCGCACCUCCUCGCCAUGGGCCCCCUCUCGGCGCGGCUGCUAAUGCAGCGCGGGCGCCCCAAGAGCGACCGACUGGGGAAGAUCCGGAGCCUGGACCUGUCAGGGUUGGAGCUGCUUUCCGAGCACCUGGACCCCAAGCUCCUGUGCCGCCUGACACAACUGCAGGAGCUGGACCUGUCCAACAACCGGCUGGAAGCGCUGCCGGACAACCUGGGCCUGUCCCACCUGCGUGUCCUCCGCUGCGCCAACAACCAGCUGGGGGAUGUCACUGCCUUGUGCCAGUUCCCCAAACUCGAGGAACUCAGCCUGGAAGGCAACCCCUUUCUGACGGUCAAUGACAACCUGAAAGUCUCCUUUCUCCUGCCCAAGCUCCGUAAAGUCAACGGCAAGGAUGCGUCGUCAACUUACUCUCAGGUGGAGAACCUGAACCGGGAGCUGACCAGCAGGGUCACAGCUCACUGGGAGAAGUUCAUGGCCACACUGGGCCCUGAAGAGGAGGCUGAGAAGACCCAGGCGGACUUUGUGAAGUCGGCCGUCAGGGAUGUCCGCUAUGGGCCCGAGUCCCUCAGCGAGUUCACCCAGUGGCGGGUGCGGAUGAUCUCUGAGGAGCUGGUGGCCUCCAGUAGGACACAGGUACACGAGGCUGACAGCCCAGAGAAGCCCCCAGAAGCCGGAGCUGCCCACAAGCCCAGGGCCAGACUGGUGGCCUUGAAAAGGCCGGAUGAUGUCCCACUCAGCCUCUCUCCCAGCAAGCGGGUAUGUGCCUCCCCGUUGGCCCAGGUGGAGGGCGGCCCUGUGGCGGGCUCUGAUGACGGCCAGCCUCUGAUGAAGCUGGAGCCCCUGCACUUCCUGCAGUGCCACAGCAAAAACAACAGCCCUCGGGACCUCGAGACGCAGCUGUGGGCCUGCGCCUUUGAGCCAGCCUUCGAGGAGGGGGCCACAUCCCAGACUGUGGCCACGUGCGGCGGGGAGGCCGUGUGCGUGAUUGACUGCCAGACGGGCAUCGUGCUCCACAAGUACAAGUCGUCUGGUGAGGAGUUCUUCUCCGUGGCCUGGACCGCCCUGAUGGUGGUCACACAGGCCGGCCACAAGAAGCGCUGGAGCGUGCUGGCAGCUGCGGGCCUGCGGGGCCUGGUCCGGCUGCUGCACGUGCGUGCCGGCUUCUGCUGCGGGGUCAUCCGGGCCCACAAGAAGGCCAUCGCCACCCUGUGCUUCAGCCCCGCCCAUGAGACCCACCUCUUCACGGCCUCUUAUGACAAGCGGAUCAUCCUCUGGGACAUCGGGAUGCCCAACCAGGACUAUGAAUUCCAGGCCAGCCAGCUGCUCACGCUGGACACCACCUCCAUCCCCCUGCGCCUCUGUCCCGUCGCCUCCUGCCCGGAUGCCCGCCUGCUGGCCGGCUGUGAGGGUGGCUGCUGCUGCUGGGACGUGCGGCUGGACCAGCCCCAGAAGAGGAGGGUGUGUGAAGUAGAAUUCGUCUUCUCCGAGGGCUCCGAGGCUUCUGGACGGAGAGUGGAUGGGCUGGCAUUUGUGAAUGAGGAUGUCGUGGCCUCCAAGGGCAGCGGCCAGGGCACCAUCUGCCUGUGGAGCUGGAGGCAGACGUGGGGUGGCCGGGGCAGCCAGUCCACGGUGGCGGUGGUGGUCCUGGCGCGGCUGCAGUGGUCGCCCACCGAGCUGGCCUACUUCUCACUCAGCACCUGUCCUGAUAAGGGGAUCGUGCUCUGCGGGGAUGAAGAGGGCAACGUGUGGCUCUACGAUGUCAGCAACAUCCUGAAGCAGCCGCCCCCGCUGCCGGCAGCCCCGCAGGCCCCCACACAGAUCCUGAAGUGGCCCCAGCCCUGGGCCCUUGGCCAGGCGGUGACCAAGACCAUGGUGAACACGGUGGUGGCCAAUGCCUCCUUCACCUACCUCACUGCCCUGACAGACUCCAACAUCGUAGCCAUCUGGGGGAGGCCGUAGCCUCACGCGUCGCAAAGGACCAGGGACACAGCUAACUUAUUCAGCUCUGGGGUGAUAGGGGGUGGGGGGGUGUCCCUAUCAAUCUGAGUAUUUUUAUUAAACUCUGGUCGAGAAGCCUGUGGAAAGGUGUUCCUACUUUGAUUGACAGGCUGGCCCGGCAGCUGAGGCUUCUAGAGCAGAGAGCCAUGGGAGCUCAUGGGUUUGCACGCCUCCCCCGGCUCAGCACUGCCUCCCCGGCAGCUCCUGAGCUUUGGUCCAGAAUGAAUUCGUCCCUACCAACCGGAGGUCCCUGAAACAGGUCAUCUACCUGCAUCAAGCCCGACAGUGUGCUUGUGAAGCUGCCGCUGCUGAAGUCCACAUCCAGGUCUUGUCCUGCCAUAUUUUAUUAGAAAUAUAAAAGAGAAUCUGUACAGGACACGUUGGUGUCAGGGUGAGGGGGGGCCACAAGGUGGGCCAUGGCUGGGACCGGCCGUUCUCGGUGGAGGGUCAGGCACAGGUAGGAACCAGGCUCACAGGCUGAGCAGAGCCCCUUCCGGCCCACUACUCAAUUCCUUCCUGCUUGUCUUUGAUGGCCACCUGGGAGAGAGGAAGAAGGUGGAGACUGGGCUGGAAACACAAGCCCAGCAUCCCCUGGCCAGGCCCUUCCUGGAGGGCAGCCAUGGGCCACACGCCCCAGGACAGUGGGGCAGCCAACGGCCCUCCCAGCUGGCCCAGCCUGGUCCCGGCCGUUCUCUGCAGCAGCCCCAGCGGGACUCAGGCACCACAGAGGCCUCCUGGUGUGGCCCUACCCUGGGGUGAGCUGCCUCCCAGAAAGGUCUGGAAGGACCAGGCCUUGCCAACCACAGACAAGGGACUCAGAAGAACAGCCCCAAAUGAUAGCAGGUCCCUGGCUCUGAUGCAGCCCACAGCAGGAGGAACCUUGCAGCACUACGGAAGUCCGACGGGGCAGACAGGAGCCACAGGCCUGGAGCCUACAAAGUCGUCCCUGCUCUUCCACCAGCACCGCCUCUCCAAAGAAACAGCCCAGGGCUGUCACCAGCUUGGCACAGGGGCCCAGCAUCCAGCCCGCCCUGCCCUCCAGACCCUGCCCUCACCCGGAAGCGCUCCUCCAGCAGGGACAGCUCGCUGAUGAGGUCAGUGAUGGCGUUGGUGAAGGCCUCCUGAGGGCUGUAGUCUGGCGUGGUCUGCACUCGGAUGAUGAUCUUGUGCUCCAAGGGGUGGGGGACUUUGUAGCCGGCAAAGAGCACCUGCGGGUCCUUUAGCAAUUGUCUGCAGUCCGGGAACAGACAGUGUGAGAGUCUAGCCUUGUGCCCUCUGGGCUCAGGCCGGGCAGAAGCCAGCUCAGAGUGAAAGAACAGGCUUUCUAGCCAAAUAUUCCCCCCAGUUUUUUUUCCCCCCCCAAGAGUCUUCAAGGAAAGCAAUGCUUUCAGGAAGAUAUAUCAUAUGGGGACACCCCACCCCCAGCUCUGACACACCCUGCAUCCUAAGGUUGAAGGACCUGAGCAGGAAACACACUCCAGCAACCUCUUCCCACAAAGAACCACAGGGCUGGCAAAGAGAUCUCCCAGGCAGUCAAUGUCCAGCCAGUGUUCAAUAAAUCGGACCCAAAAAGAACAUCCCACAGCAAAUAAAGGCAGCAAGGAGAGGAGGACCCAGGUUCUGA